AUCUGUUCGUUUAGUCGCAAUUCUUUAGAAAUCGUAAUCUGAUGUAAAUGUUAUAACUAUUUAUUAUUAAAAAGUGGUAAAGAAAUGUGUUUUACUCAAAUUGAAAUAAACAUAAAUUAGAUUGGUCUAUCCAAGUAAUGGAAAUGUGAAGUGAGCAAAAGUAUAUAAAAAUCAAUUGGAAAUUUAUAAAUACAAAUAUCCAUUGGAAAACCAAAUCAAAAUGGAGCCAAACUCCGAUGAUAAUCUUUUGGAGAUUAUGGAUUUGGCACGCACAUUGCGCCAAGAACAACUUUUCAUACAGCAAGAACAGGCUGCGUUUACACAGUUUACUGAAUCGCUGUCGGAGAACUCGACUGCCAUAACAAAGUUGGCUUACAUUUGUGCGCAACAAAGGCAAAAUCUUAACGAUUUAAUCACGUCGCGUCCGGAGGUGAGCCCCAUUAUUUGCUGCCGGCGUGCAAAUAACUUUGAGAAUGCUAAAUAUAUCGAUGCGAAGAAAGUGUUGGACUAUGAGCAUGCCAUUUCCUAUGAAGAACUCUUUAAUCACCUUUAUCGCUCACCAUAUCUGCUUGCACUUUCACUGGCCACUGGUGAUCGCAUUGCCGAGAUAACACCACAGCACCUCAGCUUUGUCAUACACACCAUUUCGGCGGGCCUUUAUGGCAAUGCCAUUAACACAAAAGAUGUGGAAAUUAUUUUGAAACUUCUGCGGGAGCUGAUUGAAAUUCAAAUUGUUGUUAGCGAAAAUCCACGUAAUUUAUUGCGCGCAAAUUCAUCUGCGUUUGCGCGCCUUUAUCACCGUUUGAAUGAGUCGAUGUUUUCGGCAAAAAUCUUUCUUACGGCUGCAUUGUAUGAGCCAAUAAUGGGUGUGCUGAGUGAUAUCGAUAGUAUAUUAGAUGUUGAUCCAAGUAAGGUGGUGGACAAUUUCAGCAGCAAAGAACGCUUGAAAAGAUUUGGCGCUGAAGACUCAAACAGCUACCAAGAUAACAUCAAUAAAUUCCACCAUGACACCAUAACGAAGCUCCAUGCUUUUGCAAAAUCGUUUAUCGAUAGUCUAACUUUCAAUUGGUCUCUGUUUCCAUCAACACUCCGCUGGCUGGUACAGACCAUGGCACACCAACUCAAGCAAUCGCAUUUCUCCGAUAGGGUCAUCAACGAAAUAAUUACCGAUAUGGUUUUCACGCAUUUCAUUUGCCCAGCCAUAAUUAGUCCAGAUAUAAUGGGUAUCAUAGAUGCACCUAUACCCGAGCUGGUGCGCUUCAAUCUCAUGCAAAUCGGACAAAUAAUACAAAUGCUUGCGUUGGCCAAACACGAUGUGGUGGAUGUGAAGUUCGCACAAGUUCAUGCGAAAUUCGAGGCAAAUAUGGUUUCAAAUUUAAUCGAUUUAUUGCUGAUGGGCCAAUCGGGCGAAGAUGUUGUUGCUAUACUAUCGCAACAAAGCGAUUUCAAUCGUUCGCAUUUGCUCAGCACGCAAAGCGAGCUUACAUAUUUUGUGGAAUUUUAUCGGAUCCUUAUGGCUAAUGAUGAAUUUGAUCCGCCGCCAGAAGACCGUCAGAAGUUGCAGAAAAUACUUUCGCAUUUGCCCGAAACUACAGACGCAACUCAACACUUACAGUCAAGUGGUUGUGAUGCCGCCGGUGCAUUAGCAAUCAAUGGAGACACGGGUCAUCUUAAAGAGCGCUCCAAACAAGGUUUCAUGGGCCUAAGCAAGGCUACAAAGAGCAAAAUCGCCAAGAGUAUGAGCUUUAAUACGAACAAUAGUGGAGCGCAUGCGGCAAUCGAUGGAGCGGGCAUAUCCGCCAAUGUCAAUGGGCUAACGAACGGUGGGAGUCAUGCAGGUUUGGGCCAAGCUUACGUAAACGAUAAUCAUCAUCCCAACAACGGCAGCGCCGUAGCAUCCUCGAACACGUCUGUGAGUUCAAAUAGUUCGUCCCCAAUGCGCACUAUAACAUUGAACGAUCUCCUCGACAAUGAACCUAUACUUGUAUUCAGCAUUUACAACGGCGAUGAACACAAAUUGCAACCACUUACCGAAGAAGAAGUGCUGAAGAUGAAUUGCAUUGGUCAGGAUAUCACCAACGGCGAGGCAUUACUGGUCGAUACGGGCAGCGUUAAUUUGGAUAACACAAUUGACAAGUCAUCCUCAGUGGCUAAUGGGUUCGAUGGCAUGGAUAAUAUGAGCGACGUAUUGCGGCCAUUACACUCGAAAACCACCCGCUUCUCACUGUCGCAUGAUGAUGGCUCGAUUGGCAAUUCGGAUAAUCUGGAAGCUGUUAGUGAGGCGCCGUCAAAUCACUCCGUCACUAGUUCGCUGGAAUUGGAAGAAGAGAAUGAUCAAAAUGACAAUUUAUCCGAUAUGGUGUCGGCGAAUGUGAGCGGACGUGGCACACCGAAUAUAAGUGGCCGCGACACCCCUUCAUCUCAAGUAACUGAUGGUGAGUCUGUGCAUAAUGCGCUGACCACGCCACAGAUGCAAAAGCUAAUAUCGAAAGCUCGUUCCGAUAUUGAAGAUAAAUUUUGUAAAUUCGAAAUAAAAAAAUUUGAAGGCGAUGAAACAGUGUCCAUCAUAUCAGACACUUGGUCCACUGAUGUGCUGGCCAGUGACUCUGAAACUGUGGACGCCAGUGAGCGUGAGCGUGAUCGCAAUUUCUCUACACCGCUAAUUCCAUCGGCAGUGGUCUUACCGGGUGACAACAAUUUCGACGUGCUCGCCGGUGUGGGUGCAAUGCGUCCCGCUUUUCUAGACGUAUCCGACCAACGCUCAGAAUCCAACUGGAGUACAGAUGUAUUGGCCAGUGACUCGGAAAAAUUUGCAGAAGUAGAUACCGAUGACAAUUUAAGCAUUACUGCCAAGUCGGACAUAACAGAUUCAGGCGCACGUACAGAGCAAGAGCGGGAUCAGUUGGCAGCCGCGAUAUCCGCGCCACAGCCUAUGCGGCGUAUUCCAAACUCGCCACAUCACACGGCACGUAACGGCAGAGCAUUUCGUGCCACAACCGCUGCUAACUAUAAUGCCGCAAAUGGCAACAAUGACUCAAUGCCCAUUAAUGAAAGUGGAAAUAGGAUCAGUGUUACGGAUCGUAAAGAAGGUGAUGAAAACAGUGGAAAUGGUGCUGGCGCUGGUGACGUCGCUCAUGGGAGCGGUAGUAGCGAUCAUUCUCAAGAUGAUUCUGCAUUUUAUGAUGCAGCGAAUUUGUAUGAUGAAGCUGCAGUUUCAGUUAAAGCCAAAGAUGCUACCGAGAACGUACUUUACGCGGGCUUGUCAUCAUUGGCGCGUAGUUCGGUACGCACCACUAAUCAGUAUAGUGGCGAAAAUAAUUUCCAACAAGAAUACAAAAGUAGUAGCGCUAAUUCUGAUAGCAAAGAAACAUUUUUGGGCGCACCACGCAUGCGCCGUCAAACAUCAGCCGAGAGCAGCAUCUCAAAUCAGAGUGUAACAUUCGAAGAUGUAUCAGGAUCAGGGGGUGGUGCCAAUGCAUACAAACCACCCAAGCCUCAUCAUAAGAGUGGGGUAAAAAAAAAGAAACAGCACAGCAACAACAUAUCGACUUUGCAUAACAGCAAUCACCAAGACUUAAUCGAUUUCAGUGACUUCGGUGAAGAGGAAAAACCGUGUUCAAUGGAACGAUUUCGUGGGCUUGCGGUAGCUCACGCCUUGCCGCAACUCGCGGAUUUGUUUGGUGGCGAAGAAAACGUCGAACAUCGUCACACGUCGAGUGAGACACGGAAUGCCAGCUUCGAUGGUCGACGCAAUGGCAUAAUGGCGAUGAAGGCAGGAGAGCAAAACGAGUCAACAGGCAGCCACACCUCAGUGCCAGUAUUGCGUCGCCAUCAAAGUCUUAAUUAUGAGAAUCAUGAGAUUAUGAUCAGUAAUGUGGUGAAUGCUUCCAAGCGGGUGACAAUAAUGCCAAACUUGUCACAAACGGACGAUGACAAAAGCCAGCAACAACAACAACAACAGAUUAUGCUAUUAUGUGCGAAGACAGAGAAAUUGCAACUAAAUGAUACCGACAAUGGAACCAAUGAAGACAUUGCUGCUAAUAAUCCCUUCACCUCACGUUCCACCGUAUCGAAUAACACAUCUGGUAUAGCCACCGGUAGUGCAUCGGCAUCUAGCUUGAGUAUUGCAGUGGGAGGCGUGAGCAGCUGUCAGAAACCGACCAAAUCCACUGGAGCCAUACCGAAAAGCAUCAGUUUCGACGCUUCGGCCGACAAGAAUAGCAAUAGUCAUAAUGAUCGUGCAGUUGGAGCAGGUACUGGUACCGUUAACGGUUCACGUCAUUUGCCCUCCCAUCGCAAUGCUCGCGCGUUGCAUCCGAAUUUGAGUGCACACGCCUCUACUAGUGCCAAUAGCAAUUCUGGUAUAUUCAAUAAGUUGAAGCAGGGCAUUUUCAAGCACAGACGUGGCAACAAGUCGCAUUCACGUAAUUCGUCGCACCUCCACAAUGGUAUCGAAAAUUUAGUUCCUGGCGGUGGCGGUGGAGAUUACACGCCUCACACAACCAGCAGUCGCAGUGUUUCAUUCAGCACUAACACUUCAGAAAUAUCGCUGGAUAUGAUCGGCGUGGGCUCGGUUGGUGCGCGUAACAAUCAAGUUGGUGGCGUUGAACGUAGUGCGGCUGAUGGUGCUGCAACAAAUUAUUGCGAUAUUAAUGAAGAUAUAUUGGCCAAAUAUCGCCGCAAGGUGAGCAGUUCCAGCGAGGCAACGAACUCGGACUCAAUAGCGGGCGCCACUGCUGCGUCAUCGGCUAACGGACGCAAACAUUCCGAUGCGGAAGUGAAAUCUCCAACCGCUGUACUGCAUGACAAAACUCUCGCUUUCAAUGUGAUUAAGAAGAAGAUACGCACCGUGUUGUCAAAGACUGAUUUACAUACCGGCGACUUUCGCCAUACUACGUACACCAAUGCCUCACCUCUGCUCACAUAUCUGCAAAUACAGCUCGCACAAGCGCUGAAUCUACAAAAUUUCCAACAAAUCUCUUAUGUCUCAGAGGCGAUACGUUGCAUUUCUACGCUUGAACGUAGUCAACAUACCCAACUACUCGAAGAAUUACAGCAGGACAUACAAAAGCGUCAGAAUUAUUUACAGUAUUUAAUGCGAUAUCGGCAAAAUUUACUCUUGAUGACGGAGAAUAUCGAGCAGUUCGAGACACGUUUGCGCAGCGAGAGUGCCACCUGUAAUCGUUAUUUAAUGACCGUUUGUGUACGCCUAUUUUUUGAGAAACGUCAGGCUAAAGUUGCCGAAUUUCAAGAAGAGUUUGCCCGUCUUACCGUAUCGGAUGACAAAAUUGAGUUGAUUGAAGAAUUUAUAGAUGGACUGAUGGAGGAAUUACUAACACCAGGAGGUAUAUUGCAUGGUAUGCCGGAAUGGCAAGCGCAGGAGGCGCGUUUGUCAAUUGAACGCAUACUGCUGACUCGUCUGUAUCAGCAGGUGAUGUUUCCUAAUGAUGAUGCUGAUUUGUCGCGUGACACUGUACUCUCAGAACACAUAACUAAGUUGCAGCGCGUGAUUAGUCCUUCACAUCCGGCACUUUGCAUUCCCCAGGUAUACCUCUCCGAAGCACCUUGGUCUUUUGCGCAGCAACAGCUCUCGUAUAUUUCCGCGUAUAAGACACCACGUGAAAAACUGCAGUGCGUAAUUAGGUGCAUUUCGAGCAUUAUGAGUUUGUUACAUAUGUCGAGCGGUCGUGUGCCGGCUACUGAUGAUAUUUUGCCCGUACUAAUUUAUGUUGUGAUUAUGACAAAUCCACCAUUUUUGUUAUCCACAAUUGAGUAUAUAACUUGCUUUAUUGGCGAGAAAUUAGAAGGUGAAGAAAAAUUCCAUUGGACACUCUUCGGUUCUGUGGUGAAAUUUAUCAAAUCAAUGGACUACUUGGAUUAAAUGAACUCUCCCACACAAAGAACAGCAUACGUAGCUUUCAACAUGGUUUCGUUUAAAAAUUUGUUGAUGUGUAGUUUUUGUACCUAUAAACUCGAUUUGCAGCAUUAUCUUAUUCCAACGCAUCUUAUACGAGUAUCAUUGUUUCAGUUAUAAUUUUAUUGUAUCAAUUAGGCGUUUGAUCGAAAGCAAGAACAUUAUUUAGCAAUAUUAUUUUAAUGUAGAGAAACCUAUCCGAAUGUAAUGUUUACGAGUUGAUAUAAUUGUUGAAAUGUUAAGUUUACUCUGUUAAACAUAUCCGCACAGUGUAAAUGCAAAUGCAAACGCAAUUUAUAAAUGUCUAAUUUGAUUUAAGUACCGAUUAUGUCGAAAUGUAUAUUUACGUAUAUUAAGGUAAACCUUUGAUUUAAUUCGUUUUUCCGUUUUAUUUUGUGCAGUCAGUGUGAGUGUGUAUGCAU